AUGAAAAGACUGCUAUCUAGUUCUUCUAAUCUCUUUCGCAGAGACUCCAGUGGCUCAACCCCACCAACUCCCAAACAACGUUCCACCUCUUCUUUUGCUAAAAGAUUAGUAAGUGGGGACUCUACACCAAAUAUUCCUGAAAUGAUCCCUAAUGAAGAAUCUGGUUUAUCUCCAGAACUUGUCCCGAUCGUAACUUUAAUAUCUGCACAUACUCAUAGAAGAUACCAUAGAGGUACUAUGUUGGUUUUAAAGGAUUUGAAAAGUGAUGGUACACCAACUGGUAACUCCUGGGAGGAAGUUUAUGCUGUUUUAGUUGGUACACAAUUAGCAUUAUGGGAUGCUCAUGAGCUUGCCGACUGUAAAGAUGAUGCACGGGAAAUUAAUAAUAGAUUGAAAAAAUUGGCCUCAAAACCAGCUUACUUGAACUUAACAGAUGCAUCAAUUAGAGCUAUUGGUCCGAAUGAUAAUUUUACUACAGAUGGCGGUCAACCAUUUGAGAAUGCUUUGGUCAUAUCUACUACAUUGAAAAAUAGAUAUUUUUUGAAAUUUAACAAUUUGGACUCAUACAACGCAUGGUACGCUGCCAUUAGGUUGAGUCAAUACGAAUCAGUAACAUUACAAUUAGCAUACACUGGUGCAUUCUUGUCUAGUAGAGGUAGAAAAUUAGGUGAUAUCCAAGUUAUUUUAGCCGAUAAUAAAUUUAAUCAUAGCGAAUGGGUUAGUGUAAGGUUUGGUACAGGUAUGCCUUGGAAACGUUGUUAUGCUGUCAUUUCACAAGCUGGUGAUAAGAAGAAGAAGAAAAAUAAUAUUGGUACUAUUACUUUCUAUGAGAAUGAAAAAAAGGUUAAGAAGACAGGCAUCAUGGCUACUGUUAACGACGCAUCCGAAAUAUAUGCAGUUUACCCCUCAUCACCUAAAUUAAUUGAUACUUCGACAAUUAUCAAAUUACGAGGUACAAUUACCUUGUCAGGUGAAGAUGGCGAAGAACAAACUAAUAUCUUCAUAAUGCCUGAGAAGCAUCAGGGUGUUCCAGGUUAUGAUACUAUUAUUAGAUUUCUAGUUCCAACAAUGAACGCGUUUAGAUUGUAUGGUAGGCCUAAGCGUCUCCUUGCACGGAGGGACGACACAGAAUCAUUAGUUUUUGCGCUACCAACUUUGCCAAAUGUCUAUUAUCUAAAUUGUAAUGACGUUAUAUCCAUUAUUGAUUCUGUAGAUCAAUCAUCAAUCUCCGCAUGGACUGAACAAGAUUGGCGUCAUGAAAUAAAUGAUGUUUUACUUGGAAAGAUAAGAGAUGGUUAUACUGGUAUAAGUUCAGAUCGUAAGGAUAACUCUAUAUUGACAUCUCCAGUCAUUUCUCCAGAGGAACUGUUUAGAGGGACUAACACAAUGGGUGAUUCUCCAUUCGCAAAUAUUGUAUCUGAAGACACAAGUAAGUCAAUCUCUAUUGGUUUCCCAGAAGAAUCGAGACAGGAUGAUGUAAUGCUAGAAAAUCUGUCAUCUUCUCCAGAUGAUAGUUCGGUAAACCAUAACGAUUUGAGUCAAAAUGUAAAUGUAGAACAACUUGAAAUAACAAAAUCACAAGAAUUAAGAGAAGUUACUCCAGCUGAUAGAUUAAUCAUUGGAGAUGCUCCUAAUAUGGCUAGAAAAUCUGAGGCCGGUUUAGGAGCUAUUUAUGAUAAAUACGCGGUGUUACCUUCUAGUAGAACGAGUAAGGAAGUUUCUCCAUCAAAUAAGAUAUUAGAGACGCCAGGUAUACAUAAAACUGAAAGUCCAUACGAAAAAUAUCUGGGCUCCAAUUCGGAAAGCAGGAUGUUUGAAAUUUCAAAUAUCAGAGAUUCUAGCAGUAGUAUGAACAGUAAUGAAGGAGAAGAUAGUAGUGUUUCAGGGAACAACUUUCAAGAUGCCUUUAAUGAGACAGAGGCUAGCGAAGAUUUUAAUGACUUAACUAAGAAGAUCGGAUCUAUUGAAGUUACUAGUCGUCAAUCAGAACAUACCGAAACCAGACAUGAUAUAGAUGAUUUAGCUGACGUUACUGCUGAUCUAAACUUUGAAACCAGUCAAGAUAUUUCUACAACUUCGGAAUACACCAGUAAUUUCCAUGAAGAGAAGGACAAUGCUAAGGACAUUGAUGUAUUUGAUCCAGAUUAUAUCGAACAAACUGAAAUAUUUAGCUCGGCAAAUCCAUACAGUACAUCCUCGAAUCGUUCUUUUGGGUCAUCUUCCUCUAUAAACAAAACCACUUCAUCAGGGACUAACCAUGUAUUACCUACCGAUCCGAACACUACAAAUUCCUCUUUUCCUCAUUCUUCUGGGACAACAGAUUUGAACGAAUAUGCUAACAUGCAACACCCUCAACAGUAUCAGCAGGUCGACAAAAAUGGUGCAGGUCGACAAUAUAUGGCUCAAAAUAAUCAACCAAUGAACAUAAACAGACCAAACAAUAAUGUUAAUAAUAUUUACCCACAAUAUGGCGUAAACCAACCAGGUGUCGGUAAUCCAUUUGGCCAUCAGAAUGUGAGGAUGGGACCAUUACCAGCCCAGCAAAAUGUAAAUGGUAUGCAAUCGGGAUCCCCUGUUAAUCCAAAUUUUGGUAACCCAUAUCAAAAAAAUCCAGCACAAAGAAUGCAAUAUCCUCAACAACAAAUGAACCGUCAUAUUCAGCAUCCACAUCAACCUCAACCUCAAAUGCUUAUGAGUAAUGGUAUGCCUCAACAGAUGAUGAACGCACCUCAACAAAGAAUGAAUAUGCCUAACCCAAUGUACAAGAAUCCUCAGUUUUCCAAUUCUGGUAAUUCUAUUAAUAGUAACAGUAGUAACAAAAGACCUAACGUCAGAACUGGGGGCGGGUUUUCUCAGUUCAUGCCUUCCACAACCGCAAAGAAUCCAUAUGCAAACUAA